UGUUUUACUGCGACGGCUACACUUUGACUGCUGCCUCAUCUCUCGCUACGCCGCUUUUUCGUGAUUUUACUUUGAAAAUCACACCCGGAAGUACUAAUGUCAACCUUUUUCAGCUUGACGUUGUCCAGACGCACUCUGUCUGAAACACAAAGUGCGCUGCUGUCCGUGUUGAGGCAGCGCAAGUGCCUUGAGAGGAGCAGAGCAGAGCGGCGGAUCCAGGACCUGUUUGUGUCUCUGCUUGUGUCUCUACACUGAACUGCUCCUCCAGCCGCGCUGCUCUGACAACUGCGCAUCCAGUUUUGGGUGUGACAAACAUCUUGUGUGUCAGAUUUGGGCAUUUCUCCAGCCUGAGUAGGAGACGCGGAUGACUUCACUUUAUUGUAUCGCCAUCACUCCUCUUUGCUGAUGUGUUUCGGAUGUUUCCUUAGAGGUUUUGUUUUUCCGGGACCAGAUGUUUGUGGGGACACACUCCACUCACACUGCUGCCGCCGCGGAUGCUCACUGAUUUUAUUUUGUGCUGAUGUAGCGCCGGGGCAGGGACUGAAGUUGAAAGUCUCGCUCUUGAAGGUGUGAGCUCCAAAUGCAUUCGCUCCUGGGCCGGGAGAAGAAAGAAGAAGAAGCCGGGUUUGGGAUCGAUCUGGGUCUGUCUCCGGGCUUUUUGCCCCACGCUGCCACCAUGUUCAGCUGUGUGGGCUGCUUCUGGGUGCUUCUCUCCUCCGCUCUGGUCGCCGUCUGCAGUUUCAGCUUCAUAUCUCCUGCCUGGAUUGUUAAGGACCAGCUGAGGAACAACCAGCACCACCAGCACCACCAGCACCACCACCACAACAAGGACUCUGUGAGCUUCGGCUUGCUGUGGCACUGCUCGGAGUCUCUGGAUCACAUGUACCGCUGCUACACCUUCGGGGGACUAGGGAAAUUCGCAGAAAUCCCCUCCAGCUCCUGGCAGACCAGUGCGGUGCUGUGUUCAGGCGGCUGUGCUCUGCUGGCUGUCAGCUCCCUGUUGGCCAUCAUCACCAUAUUCCUGCCCAGUGGAGGAUGUGAGAGGAGGAUCUGCACCCUGGCUGGAUACAUGCAGAUGGCUGCAGUGUUCAUCAUGGCUGCCGGACUGCUGGUCUACCCCUUCGGCCUAAACUCCUCACUGGUCAGGUCCUUCUGCGGGGACUCCGACAUUUACAAUGCUGGCGAGUGCCAAAUCGGCUGGGGCUACAUGCUGGCUAUCGUUGGAGUUAUGCUCACCGUCUUCUUGCCCUUUUUUGCCAAAUAUGCACCGAAGGAGCAGCUGUCCCCCACCCCUCUGCCCACGCUGUUAUAGUGCAUUGAAAUAAAGUCUUGUUUUUUCUUCCCCUCCUGACCAUGCUCUCUAACCUGAGCUUGAUGUUAUGGAGAAACACCUGCAUCCCAUUUUUUAAAGGCGGUGCCGUUUGGGAAGCCCCACUCAGUGAUAACUGAAGCUGACACUCAACAACAAACACUGUCUUCCUACAUCAUUAUGUAACUAAUUCAAAUUCAGUUAAGUUAAAUGGGAUGUUUUAUGUUAUGUUAAAACUUUGUGGUUAUAAUCAAAUAUAUUGUUAGUUUUCCAUAGUUUAUCUGUUCCUUCGUGUCAGCUCUGGAGAGCAGUCAGAAGAUGCAAAGAGCAAUGACCCCAUUUCACGCAAUUUAAGAACAUUUCCACUAACUUAACAAGUACUUGCUUAAAAUGUAAGUGUUUUUUUCCUCCCAUCCUUUCUUUGGUGGAAACAAGUCAACAUACAGUGUGUAACAUUCCAACAGACUGGUAGUUGUCUGCAUAAAGAGAGAUUAUGUGGCUGUAUGACUCGACCAAUCAAAUAACAUUUCAGUAAGAGGUUGUGAGGAACAUUUGACUCAAAGAGAGAGACACUUUCAGUGGUGGAAAUGCAACUGGGUGUUUGGACUGUACAUAUGGUCUGGAUUUAUCAGAGCUGAUGUUUGAGGUUUGAAAAUAAUAAAACUGAAAAGAGAACUCUGACACUUUGAGGGAUUUUCACUCUUCAGACUUUUUCUGCCUCCCAGUCUUGUGAUCGGGCAGUGAACCAGCAGGAGUGAAGAGGACAUUUUAACUUUGAGUGACACUGCGUUCAGUAACUGUCACAAAGACAAAGGACAGUAAACACAGCGUCGGACCUGCUGAGAGGAUGAAUGGAAAUGUCUUCUCAUAACAAAGAAGUGACUCAUGAUAAUAUGUAGUGGUUUCAGAGCAGUGUUGUCAAAUAUUUUAUGUUGGGAUACUGCAUCCCUUUGUUAACCUUUUCCCCAAAAUUGUUUGUGUAAUGUAACUUGCUUGUUGAACAUGAACAAUUUUUUUCUGUCUACAACACACAAUACUAAACACUCUAAUUCAGGAAAAAAAUGAUUGCAAAAGGCAGGGAGAUGUAGGAACAAAAAUGCAUGAUGAGAUGGGCUUUGUUAAUGGUAGAACAAAUUGAUCUAGAUUUUAAAUGUGAUCUGACCAACUCGUGCCUUUUAACAUAACCAAGACAAGUGUUUAAUACAAUUAUCAGGUUAUCAUCUUUUUCUGCUGAAAAACUGUGGAUCCUGUUGUGUGAAGUGAUUUAUUCUUUUUUCCUAAUAUAUAUAUAUAUUUUUUUCCUCUCAGUGGUAAAGUGUUUCUAGUGUACUUGAUGCAGUAUGAUCUCAUUAACCUAAAAUGUUCUGGAGGAAAAAAAAGAUGUCUUCUAAUCCUUGGAGGUAAUGGCAGAGAGAAGGAAAAAAGGAAAGCAAUGCACUUGUGUUCAAUUAUGCCCUGAGACAUUUUUGCCAAUUAUCUAGAAGAGUGAAAUCACUUGAAUUGCUAUAUUAAAAGGUUGUGACAUGCAGCUAACAGAUUCAUUCCUGGCAUCCUUGUCUUAUGUGAUUUUGAAUUUGAGUGGUGGAGGAAGGAGCUGUACAAAUUCAACUUUGCCUUUUGUUAUCUGUGCUGAGCUGACACAUUACUCACAUUAUGUGUAAAACGUGGCUUAAAAUAAUUACCUCCUCAAAUAAGCAAAUGUGUUGGUGUGUUUUUGUCGACCCACUUCUCCUUUUUAAGCGCUGGCACCAUUCCUGUCAUGUUCCAAGGACAAAAUGUCUACUUCUCCACUUACUGUCCCUGUACACUGCCAAUUUCAUAAAGCUGGGCUCCCUUUUUCUAGUGGGUGUUUAUGUGUGUAGUAGUGUUUAAUAAUGGGUUGGAGUCUACUAAUGAGUUAAACUUUAAAUAUUUCCAAAAUCUGGGUUCCCAUAAUGACAUAUCCUGACAUUUAAGAAAAUUACUGUAAUUACGUUGCCAUAUUUGAAAGAAGGUCAGGAGAGAAAUGUUGGUAUUGUGUUGGACCUCAUACUGUGCUUGAUUGUGGAAAUGACUGGCGUGACUGCACUGGACUUGUUCCCCUAUUUGUUGAACCAUUGUGUGUAAAGUCUCAGCACUGGUGAAACUGUUUUGGUAGAGUAGUUUAUUGUUUUUUUCCCAUUGUGAUGUUUGACUGUAAAUAAACUAACUGUACUUGA